AUGGAUGAUUCAACUUCAAACUACUCAGUUCCUCUGUUAACAAACCGAAAUGAAAAUUCUAAUCAGGUAUCCUUUAGUCGAAAAGUUUGGGAAGAAAACAAGAUCAUAUGGUACAUAGCAGGACCAUGCAUCUUAUGUGCAAUAUUUCAAUUCUCUCUUGCUUUCAUCACUCAAACAUGGGUUGGUCAUGUUGGUACACUUGAGCUUGCUGCUUUUGGUCUCCAAAACUUGGUCAUUUCUGGUCUCACCUAUGGCAUCAUGACGGCAUUACCAUUAACACUAAUCUCGGUAUUUGGAACACCAAUUCUACUGGUUUUAGGCCAAAAACAGGAGAUUGCAGAAUUAGCCGGUACAUAUUCUAUAUGGAUGAUACCACAAUUAUACAUGUAUGCACUGAAUUUUCCUAUGCAAAGAUUCUUGCAAGCGCAAAGUAAAGUCAUGCCAUUAGCUUGGAUAUCAUUUGUGGUUUUAGUUAUUCAUGUUCCGUUAAGUUGGUUUUGUGUCAUGAGAUGGGGUUUGGUUGGAGCAGCAGCUUCUUUGAAUUUUUCAUGGGUCUUGGUUGUCGUUCUUCAAUAUGCUUAUAUUGUCUCUGGAAGCUGCAAGGAUACUUGGAGUGGUUUUUCAUGGAAGGCUUUUACUGAAUUGCUUGAUUUUCUCUGGUUGUCUCUGGCUUCAGCUGUCAUGCUCUGCUUGGAAUAUUGGACAGUUAUGGUUCUGCUUGUAUUUGCCGGCGUACUUAAAAAUGCUGAAGUUAAAGUCGAUGCUGCUGCUAUCUGUUUGAAUGUCGAAGGAUGGAUAUUUAUGGUACCACUUGGAUAUAUUGCUGCUGUCAGCGUAAGGGUGUCGAACGAAUUGGGAGCAGGAAAUGCAGCAGCUGCAAAAUUUUCUGUUUGGGUUACAGUCUCAAUUGCUCUAGUCACACAGACUGCUUUUGCCAUCCUUAUUUUCAUAACGAGAUACGACUUCCCAAAACUCUUUACAGAUGACAAGAUUGUUAUGAAAGAAGUUAGUGCAUUAGUCGCAUAUUUAUGUAUUUCAAUCUUACUCUGCGCCGUCUUACCCGUUUUAUCAGGUAUGGCCAUUGGAGCUGGUUGGCAAGCUGUUGUAGCCUACGUAAAUUCCAUAAGCUACUAUCUCAUCGGGUUGCCCGUUGGCGUCUUUAUGGGAUUCAAAUUAGACUGGGGUUUAGAGGGACUUUGGAUUGGAUUACAAAUUGGGAUGGGUCUUCAGACUAUCGUUCUCUUAAUCAUGUUUUGGCGUGCCGAUUGGGAUAAAGAGGUGCAGUUGUCCAAAGAUAGAGUUUCAGAGGAUGUAGGUUUGGGUGAGGAACGAAAAUUUUGUGGACUGAGUUCUGGUGGUCAACUUGGUGCUGAAUUAGGUCUGUUUUGUGCUGAGAAGUCAGUUAAAAGAGCUGGUGUUGUUGCCAUGGUUCCAGGCAGUAUACGGGAGCUUAUAGACAGCAGCUAG